AUGGACUCGGAGCAUGGCGUCUCCCAUACCGAAGCCUUGUUGGCAUGGGUCAACAGCUUCGACCUGGUGGGCGAGCCGAAACAAUUGGUAGAACUGUCCGAUGGAAGAAUCAUCUGGGACAUUCUGCACGACAUCGACCCCGAGCGCUUCCCCGAUGUGACCGAUCCCAAGAAGUCGAACCUAGAGAACCUUGUUACUAUACAUGGGCGAUUACAAUACAACAUCCUUGAUUUGCGGAAAUCAGAGGGCUGGCCUCGAGGACUGGAUCCGGAGCCGAAUCUGAUAGAGUUCGCGGAAAACAACUCGGCCAGGGAUGCCGAGAAGCUGCUGAAGCUUGUCUUCUUUGCUGCCACUAUUACCGCCAAAGGAAACACCGCGAGUUAUGAGACAUACGGUGAUGCCAUUCAGAAACUGGACAGCCCUAUUCAGGAAAGCCUCCAGGAUUUUCUCGAGAAUGUGGAAGAAGGACAGUACGAACUGGACGACCUAGCGCGGGAAUCACGAGAAUCCCAGCUAGUGAAGACAAUAGAAGAACUCAAGCAGGAAAACAGUGUGCUACGGGAGAAGUACGAUGAAAAGGAUAGACGUGUGGCCGAGCUUGAAUAUACAGAAAACAACAUGAAACAAGACCUGGAGUUCCUAAGAGAGCGCAUCGAUCUUCUGAAAUCUGGCAAGGGCGAAUUCAGCAAGAGAGAUUUCGACCAGAAAACCGAGGAGAUCGCGACACUAGAGGAACAACUGUUCAUAGCUUCUGAGCAGAACGGCAAGCUCUCGAUCAGAAUCGACGAACUCCUUCGCGAGGCAAAGGACUACCAGGCUGUACGGGAUAAGCUUGACAUUGAAAAGAAUAACUAUGUAAACGCGAACCGCAAUGCCAAAUUUGCUGCCGAGCAGAAAUCGAAGGAAAUUGAGAUGCUGCAGUCAAAGAACCAGAACCUCGAGGCCGAGAAGAAGGAGCUUAAGAAGCAGGUGAUGGAAUAUGACGUGCAGCAACAAAAGCUCAACGAAGCGUUUAGAGAAUGUAAGAAUGCUCUUGCGCGAUCUGAGCGGGAGGCUCGUGAGAUAUCCGUCACGAAAAGCAACGUCGAUUUGGACAAUGAAGAGCUCCGGAGGCGCGCGGAAGGCGCGGAGAAAGAGAUCCAUCAGCUGAAAGGAAGAAUCGGUGAGCUGGAAGGGACAGACGAUGACUAUCUAGGGUCUCCCCGGAGUCGGACUCCUACUACCGGAAUGAUGACACCGAGUGUCCACGGGAAUCUACAAAAGGAUCUGGAAGCUGCUGGUUUCGAGGAGUCAACGCUGUCUCUCGGAGAAGAAGAGCACCCUGAGUUAAUCAACGGGGUCGAAGAAGGCCCCAAAGAAGAGCCGGAUAAAGCACUUGACGAAGACAUGGCAAUGCAAGAGGAGGACAAGGCCAAGCUACUCGAAGAGAUGCUCAAACCGCUCGAAGAUGCAAAAGAACAGCUUGCGCGGUUUAUAUCACAACAGACUGGCGAAGGAUCGGAGGCUAUCCAACAGUCUCUCGAAGGGCUUACACGGCAGAUUUCGGAGUUGAUAGAUAAGGACCAUGAAAGGCUGGCUCAACGUGCACAGUAUAUUCACCAACAAAAUGGGCAAUUAAAACUCCUGCGAGAUCGAAUAAGCGAGCUCGAGAAGGCAGCCGAAGAGACCGAAGCUACUGAUGGUGAGGAAGACACCGUUACUAGGGAACGCGAGCUCGAGCUUCAAAAGCAGAUCGAGUCUUUAACCCGGGAACUCGCCCUCAUGAGUUCAUCCUGGUACGAACUCCAAGGUAAAAACAGUACCAACAACAUCCCUACCUCGAGAUAUCGCCAUGGUGCUGCUGGGCUGGUCGACGCCCACAAGGGCUGGCUUGCUAAGCAAAGAAGUGCUGUUGCUGGUCGAUAA